GUUGCAGCAAAAAUGAAACAGUAUAAGGAUGAGUUGUUGGCCUCCUGUCUGAAUUUUUUGCUCUCUUUACCACAUGACAUCAUCAUGCUUGAUAUUAAAGCCUAUAUUCCUGCACUGCAGAAUGCCUUUAAGCUGGGCCUUAGCUGUACCCCAAUGGCUGAUCUGGGGCUGGAUGCUUUGGAAGACUGGUCAGCUCACAUCCCCAGACAUAUAAUGCAACCUUACUACAAGGAUGUUCUACCUCUUCUGGAUGGUUAUUUGAAAACCUCUACAUCUGCAGCUGAAUCCCAGAAUAACUGGGAAGUAAGGAAACUCUCUCGAGCAGCCCAGAAGGGAUUUAAUAAAGUUGUGAUACAGCGUUUAAGAAAAGCAAAGACUUCUUCAUUGGAUGACAGUCCCUCCUUGGAAGCAGUAAGGGCUAGAGUGGCACACCUUCUUGGAUCUCUGGGAGGGCAGAUCAACCACAACGUAGUUACAGCUACCUCUGCAGAAGAGAUGAUGAAGAAAUGUGUGUCCUGGGACACUGAGAAGCGUCUGAGCUUUGCUGUGCCAUUUGCAGAUAUGAAGCCUGUCAUCUACUUGGAUUUGUUCUUACCUCGUGUGACUGAACUGGCUCUUUCUGCAAGUGACAGACAAACCAAAGUUGCAGCCUGUGAGCUGCUCCACAGCAUAGUCACAUACAUGCUGGGGAAAGCAUCUCAGAUGCCAGAAGGACGACAGGGCCCCCCACCCAUGUAUCAGUUACACAAGCGAAUGUUUCCAGUACUGCUUCGUCUUGCCUGUGAUGUGGACCAGGUAACAAGACAGUUGUAUGAGACUUUAGUCAUGCAACUCAUUCACUGGUUUACCAACAACAAAAAAUUUGAGAGUCAAGAUACAGUGGCAAAAAAAGAAGCUAUCUUGAAUGGCAUAGUGGACCCAGUUGACAGCACUUUGAGAGAUUUCUGUGCUCAGUGUGUACGAGAGUUUUUGAAGUGGUCUAUUAAACAGACAACACCAAGGCAGCAGGAGAAGAGCCCAGCAAACACCAAGUCUCUUUUUAAACGGUUGUACAGUCUCGCUCUUCAUCCCAGUCCUUUCAAGAGACUGGGUGCAGCACUUGCUUUUAACAGCAUCUACAGGGAAUUCAGGGAAGAAAAUUCUCUGGUGGAGCAGUUUGUAUUUGAAGCAUUGGUUGUAUUUCUGGAAAGUCUGGCUUUAGCCCAUACAGAUGAGAAAUCAUUAGGAACUACUCAGCAAUGUUGUGAUGCUAUUAAUCACCUGAAGCGCAUAAUCAAACACAAAGCAUCUUCUCUGAACAAGGAGGGAAGGCGACGAGUGCCACGAGGAUUUCCAUCUAAAUCAGUGUGUCUUCUGGACAUUGUCAUGUGGCUCUUGGUGCAGUGUGGACGCCCUCAGACGGAGUGCCGACAUAAAGCCAUGGAGCUCUUCUAUGAGUUUGUUCCUUUGUUACCAGGAAACAAGUCUCCAUCUUCUUGGUUGGCUGAUGUUCUAAAAAACCAAGAUAUUUAUUUUCUCAUUAAGAAAUUUGAAGGAGGUGGCAGUGAUGCCAAAAGUCCAUCUGGGAUCCUUUCUCAGCCAACUCUCUAUGGUGUGCAGGAGACCUUCAGCUUACAGACUGUCAUGAGAUGGAUGGAUAUGUUCUUAGCAGCACUGGACUGCUACAAUACAUUCUUUGAGCUGCGGAUGAUCAAACCUCAUGAGAUACUGGGUGUAACUGAAAGAUCCUCAUUCUUGGAGUCUGUGCAGUUCUUCCUCAAAACCAUUGCUUUGCAUGACAUCCAGGCAGCAGAGCAGUGCUUUGGCUGCAGCUGGAAAGGCAGCACCUUCAGUCCCCAGGAGAGAGACAUGUACAAUUACAGCAAGUGCACCAUCAUCGUCCGAAUCAUGGAGUUUGUCACCAUGAUCCUGGAGAUGUGCCAGCAGGAUUUCUGGAAGUUUCUCGAAAAGGAACUGCUUAAUGGAAGCCUUAUAGAGCUUCUGGUGGUGACAGUGUGUGAUCCAUCACAUGUAGGGUUUAACACAGCUGAUGUGCAAGUCAUGAAGAAUCUCCCAGAUAUCUCAGUAAGACUCAUGAAAGCUUUGAUCAAAUCUCCCUAUAAGGAAUCUUUGGAACUGUGCAUGAAGAAAAGAAUUACAUGGCAGAGCCUCGAGGACCUUUGUUCUCUUGAUCUGUUUAAUUCAGAUGCACGAUUUGACCAAGUUAAGCUCAGUGCUGUCCUUGCUGCCUGCAAGCAACUCCAGAAGUCUGGCCUGCUUCAGUCUGUUCUUCACAAUCAGGAUGAAGGGCCUCAUUGCUCAGUUGGCUGUAAGCUUCUUUCAGUUGUUUACAAAGGCAUUGCUCCUGGGGGUGAGAGGGUCUCUCUUCCUUCCCUGGACGUCAGCAGUAAGCGUUUAGCUGACCGACUCCUGCAGCUGGCCUUUGCUAUUGAUGACCAGUGUGAGGAGCUAGUAAGUCUGCUGUUGAACACAGUGGUGUUGUCUGUGCCACUAUCAGGAGCAUCCCAGAAGAACCUCAUCAAUUUCUCUCAUGGACAGUAUUUCUACAGCUUGUUCUCAGAGACCAUCAAUCAACAGCUGCUGAAAAACGUGGAUGUGAUUAUAGCCCAGCUUAUGGAAUCAUCUGUCAGCAAUCCCAAAAUGGUUGGCAGCAUUCUGAACGGCAUGUUAGAUCAGAGUUUUAGGGAGCGUUCUGUACGCAAGCAGCAAGGAGUGAAACUGGUCACAGCUGUCCUAAGGAACUGGGAGAAACUUGACAGCUGGUGGGCCAAAGGUUCAGAUCCUGAGAGCAAAGUGGCAGUCUUGACCCUGCUGGCAAAAGUUCUGCAGAUAGACUCUUCAGUUUCUUUUGAUACCCAUCAUGAAGCAUUUACAGCUGUUUUUAAUACCUAUACCAGUCUACUUAUUGAUCAGAAUUUAGGCUUAAAUCUUAAGGGCCAAGCAGUGAUAAUUCUCCCAUUCUUUACUAAUUUGACUGGAGAAAAACUUAGUGACCUUAAGAAUGCUCUGGAUCAACUUGUAGCUUUCAAUUUUCCCAUGAGGUCUGAUGAGUUUCCCAAAGGAACCUUGAAGCACAAUAACUAUGUAGACUGCACUAAGAAGUUUCUAGAUGCUUUAGAAUUGUCUCAGAGUCCAAUGCUGUUGCAGCUGAUGACAGAAGUCCUCUGUAGGGACCACAGACACUUCAUGGAGGACUUAUUUCAAGCCAGCUUUAAAAGAAUUUCCCGAAGGAGCACCAAUGACAAACAAGUGAUACUGUUGGAAACUGUUCACAAAAUGUUCCAGAGUGAAGACCUCCUUUCAAAUACUACUCGUCAAGCGUUUAUGGAUCGCUCCCUCCUCACCCUCCUGUGGCACUGCAGCUUGGAUGCACUGAGAGAGUUCUCUGGCAAGAUUAUAGUACAGGCUAUGGAUACACUUAAUUCCAGGUUUACAAAGUCCAAUGAAUAUGCUUUUGAUACACAAGUCACCAAGAAGAUGGGGUAUUACAAGCUGCUGGAGGUGAUGUACGUGCGUCUCUCAAAAGAGGAUGUUUACUCCAAGGAGUCUAAAAUUAACCAAGCUUACCGUGGCUCUGUGAGUGCAGAAGGAAAUGAACUUACCAAGACACUAAUAAAGUCUUGCUAUGAUGCCUUUACAGAAAACAUGGCAGGAGAGAGUCAGCUGUUGGAGAAGAGGAGACAGUAUCACUGUGCAGCAUAUAAUUGUGCUAUUGCUGUUAUCAGUUGUGUCUUCACUGAAAGUAAAUUUUAUCAGGGCUUUCUUUUUACAGAAAAAUCAGAAAAGAACUUGCUGAUUUUUGAGAAUCUGAUAGACCUGAAGCGUCAGUAUGAAUUUCCUGUAGAGAUUGAGGUGCCUCUAGAGAGGAAGAAGCGGUACAUUGCUAUUAGAAAGGAGGCCAGGGAGGCUGGGAAUAGUGACCAAGAUGAACCCAAGUAUUUAGCUUCUGCAUCGUACAUGAUGGAUAGCAGCUUGAGUGAGGAAAUGAGUCAGUUUGAUUUCUCCACUGGAGUCCAAGGUUUUUCUUAUAGCUCCCAAGAUGUUACUGCUAGCAGCGCUCGUUUCAGAAGAAAGGAGUCCACAGAAUACAUGGUUUUAAAUGAUGAAAUGGAGCUGGAAAUGGAUGAACUCAACCAACAUGAAUGUAUGGCCUCUAUGACCACUCUGAUUAAACACAUGCAGAGGAACCAGAUCACACCCAAAGUGGAAGAGGGGACAGUUCCAGUAGAUCUUCCUCUAUGGAUGAAAUUUCUGCAUGGCAAAUUAGGAAACCCAUCAGUGCCACUCAAUAUUCGCCUCUUUAUAGCAAAACUUAUUGUUAACACUGAGGAUGUUUUCCGACCUUAUGCAAAGCAGUGGCUUGGACCAUUGCUGCAGCUUGUUGUUUCUGGGAAUAAUGGAGGUGAAGGAAUUCAUUACAUGGUUGUGGAAAUAGUAGUUACUAUCCUUUCCUGGACAAGUGUGGCCACUCCCAAAGGGAAUAUUAAGGAUGAGAUUUUAGCCAACAGAUUGCUUGAGUUCUUGAUGAAGAAUGCUUUUCACCAAAAAAGAGCUGUGUUCAGACACAACCUGGAAAUUAUAAAGACAGUUAUAGAGUGUUGGAAGAACUGUCUUUCCAUACCUUACAGUUUAAUAUUUGAGAAGUUUUCCAGUGGAGACCCUGAUACAAAAGAUAAUUCAGUGGGAAUUCAGCUACUGGGAAUUGUUCUUGCUAACAAUUUACCUCCCUUUGACCUGAAGUGUGAGAUAGAUCGUGUCAGGUAUUUUCAGGCUUUGACCAACAACAUGGGCUCAUUAAAAUAUAAAGAAGUUUAUGCAGCUGCAGCAGAAGUUUUGGGCCUUGCUCUUCGAUACAUUGCUGAGAGAGAAAAUGUACUUGAAGAUCCAGUUUAUGAUUGUGUCAUAAGACAAUUAAAACAUCAUCAGAACGCCCAACAGGAUAAGUUUAUUCAAUGCUUGAAUAAAGUUGUUAAGAAUUUCCCACCUCUUGCUGACAGGUUUAUGAAUGCAGUAUUCUUUUUGAUACCUAAACUCCAUGGUGUGAUGAAAACCUACUGUCUAGAAGUAAUCAUGUGCCGGGCAGAGGAAGUACCUGAUCUCCACUUGCAGUUAAAGAGUAAAGACUUUUUCCAGAUCAUGAAUCACAGGGAUGAUGAAAGGCAGAGGGUUUGUUUGGAUAUAGUGUACAAGAUGCUAUCUAAACUAAAACCACCAGAACUUAAGGAACUUCUUCCUGGAGUGACAGGGUUCAUUUCACACCCUUCUGUAGUAUGUCGACAGCGCAUGUAUGAUAUUCUGAUGUGGAUUUAUGAUAAUUACAGUGAUCCAGAAAGCCAGGCAGAUGGUGAUUCUCAGGAGAUACUCAAACUGGCAAAAGAAAUACUGCUUCAAGGACUAAUUGAUGAGAAUGCUGAACUGCAACUAAUUGUGAGGAAUUUUUGGAGUGAUGAGACAAGGUUACCCACAAAUAUUGUUGAUCGCAUGCUGUCGUUGUUAAAUUCUUUAUAUUCUGCCAAGAUUGAAACACAGUACUUGAGUCUGAUCACAAAUUUUCUACUUGAAAUGACUAGCAAGAGCCCGGAUUAUUCCAGAAAAAUAUUUGAGCACCCACUGUCUGAAUGCAAGUUUCAGGACUUUGUGAUCGACUCCAGCUGGCGUUACCAAAGCACCAUGCUAACACCUAUGUUUGUGGAGACUCAAGCCUCUCAGAGUGUCCACAGGAAUUUGUCCCAGGAAAGGUCCCUCUCUGCUUCUGGGUCAAUCAGUGGCCGAGUGAGGGCCACCCAACGCCAGUAUGAAUUCACACCUACACAGCAUGCCAGUGGUAGAAGUUCUUUCAAUUGGCUAACUGGAAGUAGCAUUGACACGUUGGCAGACUACACAGUCCCUUCAUCCUCUGAAUCCUUGUCUUCAUCCAUGCUGCUGGUUACCAAACGGAGUGAAAAAUUUAAACAAGCAACUUGGAAACCAGUGGGGCCAGACUUUGGGAAAAAAACAUUGAGUUUGCCUGGAGAUGAAGUGGACAGCAAAACUAAAGGUGUAGAAGAGCGAGCAGAAAUUCUGAGAUUGAGGAGACGGUUCUUGAAGGACCAAGAGAGACUGAGUCUGAUUUAUGCUAGAAAAGGUGUGGCUGAGCAGAAAAGAGAAAAGGAGAUGAAGUCUGAGCUGAAGAUGAAGCAUGAUGCCCAGGUUACUUUGUACAGAAGCUACCGAGUAGGAGACCUUCCUGACAUCCAGAUUGAGUACUGCAGUCUCAUUGCCCCUCUGCAGGGCCUUGCCCAGAAAGAUCCAACAUUUGCCAAGCAGCUUUUCAGUAGCUUGUUUGGUGGAAUUUUUCAUGAAGUAGAAAAGUCUAAAACUCCUUCUGAGAAAAAAAGCAUCAUCCAGAAGCUGGUGAACAACUUCAACAAUUUCCUGAGCUCGAGCCUGUCUUACUUUCCACCAUUCAUUGCCUGCAUCCAGGAAAUGAGUUACCAGCACAGAGAGCUACUAGAACUGGAUCCAGCUAACGUGAGCACGAGCUGCCUUGCCAGCUUGCAGCAGCCAGUGGGCAUCCUCCUCCUGGAGCAUGCCCUGAUGGCUCUGGCCCCUGCGGAGGAGCCCCCGGCCAAGCGGAUGCGUGGGAGGACAGAGCUUCCCCCAGAUGUCAUCAGAUGGAUUGAACUUGCCAAGCUGUACCGAUCUCUUGGGGAUUAUGAUGUCCUUCGAGGCAUUUUCAGUGGUAAGAUUGGGACUAAGGAAAUUACACAGAAAGCAUUGCUGGCAGAAGCAAGGAGUGAUUAUGCUGAAGCAGCCAAAUAUUAUGAUGAGGCACUCUCUAAAGACGACUGGCAAGAUGGAGAGCCAGCAGAAGUGGAGAAGGACUUCUGGGAACUUGCAUCUCUGGAAUGCUAUGACCACCUCACAGAGUGGAAGUCUCUGGAGUAUUGUGCUACCAUUAAUAUCGAUAGUGGGAAACCUCCAGACCUAAGCAAAACGUGGAAUGAUCCAUUUUUUCAGGAGACAUAUCUGCCCUAUAUCAUACGCAGCAAGUUGAAGUUACUGCUUGGUGGGGAAAAUGACCAAACUUUGCUAACUUUUAUUGAUGAGGCAAUGAAGACAGAACAAAAGAAAGCCAUUAUAGAAAUGCAUUACAGCCAGGAGCUUAGUCUCCUUUACAUCCUGCAAGAUGAUUUUGACAGAGCCAAAUAUUACAUUAGCAACGGCAUGCAGAUCUUCAUGCAGAGCUAUUCCAGUAUUGAUACUUUGUUAUAUCAAAGUCGAAUGACCAAACUGCAGUCUGUACAAGCUUUGACAGAAAUACAGGAUUUCAUCAACUUCAUGACCAAGAGAAGUAACUUAGCUUCACAGGCUUCCCUUAAGAGACUUCUCAGAAUUUGGACAAGCAGAUAUCCAGAUGCUAAAAUGGAUCCUAUGAACAUCUGGGAUGAUAUCAUUACAAAUCG